CGAAUGAGAGACAUCGAUCGAGAGAGACAUCAGGAGAGGGACAUAGAGCAACAAGAGUGACACAAUAAUGAGACAGACCUAAGCCAGACUAUAGACUGACAUUUACAUGUAUUAAGAGUACGUACAGUAUUAGUAAAAAUUCAAGACGAGACUUUUGGUAGGGUAGACAAGAGUUAAAUUAACUCAUGCAAGUGCAGUCAGCUGUUGAUAACAUAGUUAGGAAGAGAGUAGACAGUAUCUGUCACAAAUUACGUUUUUCUAUUGGCCGAUUUAGGAGCUUCAACCUUCCCUUCCUCCCUCAAACUUUCUAACAUUUCCUACAUCUCCCAGUCAUAUUUUUUUGGAUACAGCCUGAAUGACAGAGUCUACAAAUCCAUCAGUCCUCCCUCGAGAGGAACUCACAAAGACAUGGGACCUCCUCCAGCUCCCAGAACCCUCUUGUUCUUCAUCCUCUUGCAGAGGGGAGUUGAGUCUCAGCAGAAUACCCAACCCCACUCUAUUAAGAUAGAUGGGGACAUCACUUUAGGAGGCUUGUUCCCAGUCCAUGCCAAGGGCCCAGCUGGUGUUCCAUGUGGAGAAGUGAAAAAAGAAGCUGGGAUACAUCGAAUGGAGGCUAUGCUAUAUGCCCUGGACCAAAUUAAUGGGGAUCCCGAGCUUCUUCCCAACCUGACGCUUGGAGCUCGUAUUCUAGACACCUGCUCUCGAGACACCUAUGCUCUGGAACAGUCUCUUACCUUUGUUCAAGCCCUGAUUCAGAAAGACACCUCAGAUAUUCGCUGUUCCAAUGGAGAGCCAGCCAUUUUCAGCCGCCCAGAGAGGGUUGUGGGAGUGAUUGGCGCUUCAGCAAGCUCAGUCUCCAUCAUGGUGGCCAACGUGUUGAGACUCUUUGCUAUUCCUCAGAUAAGUUAUGCCUCAACAGCUCCGGAACUCAGUGACAACAACCGGUAUGACUUCUUUUCCCGUGUGGUACCACCGGAUUCCUACCAGGCGCAGGCUAUGGUGGAUAUUGUCAAAGCCCUUGGAUGGAAUUAUGUGUCCACAUUGGCAUCUGAGGGCAACUAUGGAGAGAGCGGAGUUGAAGCUUUUGUACAGAUUUCCCGGGAAGCUGGUGGAGUGUGUAUUGCCCAGUCUAUUAAGAUCCCUCGGGAGCCACGUCCUGGAGAGUUCGAUAAGGUGAUCAGAAGAUUACUAGAGACUCCCAAUGCUCGUGGCAUCAUUAUCUUUGCCAAUGAGGAUGACAUAAAGCGAGUUUUAGAAGCAGCCCAUCGAGCCAACCACACAGGACAUUUCUUGUGGGUGGGGUCUGACAGCUGGGGAUCCAAAACAUCCCCUAUUUUGGGACUGGAAGAAGUUGCAGAAGGUGCUGUAACUAUCUUGCCAAAAAGAGCCUCAAUUGAUGGGUUUGACCAGUAUUUUAUGAGCCGGACGUUGGAAAACAACCGGCGCAAUAUUUGGUUUGCAGAGUUUUGGGAAGACGAUUUUAAGUGCAAACUGACCAGAUCUUCCUCACAAGAAGAUUCCAGGCGAAAGUGUACCGGGGAGGAAAGGAUUAGCAGAGACUCACCAUAUGAACAAGAGGGAAAAGUGCAGUUUGUCAUUGAUGCAGUGUAUGCAAUGGCUUAUGCCUUACACAGCAUGCAUAUUGAUCUCUGCCAGGGAAGCCUUGGGGUCUGUGACCAGAUGGAUCCUAUGGACGGGCGACUGCUAUUACAGUAUAUACGUAGAGUAAACUUCAAUGGAAGUGCUGGAACUCCUGUCAUGUUCAAUGAAAAUGGAGAUGCCCCAGGACGAUAUGACAUUUUCCAGUAUCAGAUGACCAAUGCUUCUGCUCCAUCCUACAGAGUGAUUGGACAAUGGACAGAGUACCUACGACUUAAUAUUGAGGAGAUGCAGUGGUAUGGUGGACAGGCUGACAUUCCAUCAUCUGUAUGCAGCCUUCCCUGCCAAUCUGGAGAGAGGAAGAAGAUGGUAAAGGGGGUGCCAUGUUGCUGGCACUGUGAACUGUGUGAUGGGUACCAGUUCCAGCUGGAUGACUUCAACUGUCAGGCUUGUCCCUUUGACAUGCGGCCUAAUCUCAACCGAACUGCUUGUCGCCCAACACCAAUUGUAAAACUGGAGUGGGAUUCAGCAUGGGCCGUACUGCCUCUUUUUUUGUCAAUCUUGGGUAUACUCAGUACCCUCUUUGUGGUUGGCACCUUGAUACGUUUUAAUGAUACUCCAAUUGUGCGUGCCUCUGGACGAGAACUAAGUUAUGUUUUGCUUACUGGAAUAUUUUUAAUGUAUGCCAUUACCUUCCUGAUGAUGGCAGAACCUGGAGUGGUAGUUUGUGCUCUUCGGCGGCUUUUUCUUGGUCUUGGCAUGUGUAUUUCCUAUGCUGCCCUCCUAACCAAAACAAACAGGAUAUACCGCAUCUUUGAGCAGGGAAAGCGUUCAGUGACUCCUCCUCGGUUCAUUAGUCCAGCUUUACAGCUGGUCAUCACCUUCAGCCUAAUUUCUGUACAGCUGUUGGGCACAGCCAUCUGGCUAGCAGUGCUUCCCCCACACAGUGUGAUUGAUUAUGAGGAACAGCGAACACCCAACCCCGAGCUAGCUAGGGGGGUGCUGAAAUGCGACUUGUCUGAUUUGUCCUUAGUCAGCUGCUUAAUGUACUCCAUCCUCCUCAUGGUCACAUGUACUGUAUACGCAGUGAAGGCCCGUGGCGUGCCUGAGAACUUCAAUGAGGCCAAACCAAUCGGUUUCACUAUGUACACAACUUGUAUUGUCUGGCUGGCCUUUGUUCCCAUUUUUUUUGGCACCGCACAGUCUGCUGAGAAGAUCUAUAUCCAGACCACCACCUUGACAGUAUCGAUGAGCCUGAGUGCUUCUGUCUCACUUGGAAUGCUCUACGUGCCCAAGGUUUACAUCAUACUUCUCCACCCUGAGCAAAAUGUUCAGAAGCGUAAGCGAAGCUUCAAGGCUGUGGCGACAGCAGCCACUAUGUCCACCCGCCUGUCCCAGAAAAACAGUGAGCGACAAAACGGGGAAAGCAAACCACCUGAAAAGAGUCUGCCUGAGGGCAAGUGAUUAAAUCAAAGGUUUGAUGGGUCAUCAUCUCUGGUUGUUUUUCAAACAAUUAUAUACUUCAGGAUGUCCCUGGGCUCCACCACUUGAAGCAUACGUCAGCGUGUUUGUUCUUCACCGAGGCAUAUUGGAGGCUCCCAGAGUGGGAAUCAUCAACAUGAUACAAUGCACAAAAAUCUCAUCUGAGAGUACCUUACCUGACUAAUUUCUUAACAGAAUUGUUCAAAGGACAUUUUAACUGAUCUCCAACAGAAGUCUCCUGUCAGGAUCCUGCAUGGCAGACUAGUUAACCUUGCUCUUGUCAGGAAUUGGUACACUAUUUAUUCUGCCACCUUUCAACAUAAUUCAUAAUUUUGCCUCUCUCAUUCCAUAAUUGACCCCCUAUUACAUUUUACAUAAACCAUUAUUGUAAAACCCUGCUGAUUUUAUUAAGUGAAAACCAUCUUUCGCCCCUCUCCCUGCAUUUCUUACCCCAACAGUUGCAUGAGUGCAGUGCAUCAAGAAAUUCUGGCCACCAUCUUGUACCUUAAUAGAAAUUUAGAGUGCAUUCUUUAAUCACCCAAAUGCCAGAAUUCAGAGCAUCAUCCAUUCUCUUUACACAGAAAGUUCUGCACAGCAACUGAAAACCCAUAAUGCAGAACCAUUUUGAAUGAAUUUAUUACCCUUCUCCUUCCUGUGGUUACGGUACCAUUCAAACCCUUCCCUUGACAGAUCUGUGUAGGACCCCUGUGGUGUCCUCUCAGCACAGUGAAGACCAGCAUCCCUAGUGAAUUGUGCCCACCAGAAGUUUAGGUGCUAUAUUCUCAUUUUCCUCAUUAGCCUAUAGAUUUGGCACUUUCCCUAAAUCAUACCCAACAUCACUUUCCUUUUUUACUGAGUGAUUUAUGCACAGCAGAACGUAAGUCUUCUGCUGCUAUAUUCUUGUGGGGAACCAUAUUCAUCAGCACUUGCCCUUGCGUCACCACAUGCUUUUAUUUUUUUUUACUGCCAAAGCUUUAUGUGGUAUCACACAAUCGCCAGUCUGUCAAAAACUGUCAUAUCAUCUCUUAUCUCAUCUUCCACUACCUUGAGCUGGGCUGCGUACGUUUUUAAAUAAUUUGUAUUAAUUUUAGCAGAGUUGCAAAAAACAAUACGUCUUCAUAAAAUCCAAGACAUGAUUCAUUCAAUCAACUAACAUCUUCAGCUGGGCUGCUUUAUGACACUAGUGGUUCCUCACUAAGUGCAGAAAAAAAGUGCAUGGAACUGCAUCUGAUGUGAACUAGCACUAAAGUAUGCCAUACAUUAUACAAAUUUCUUAUUCAAUUUAAUUUACAUUUACCUUCAACUAUGUAGUGCAAUGGCCUGCCUG